AUGGCCCUCGCCGCAUCGUUGCAGGUCUCAGCCUCUCCAUCUGUCAACGUUGGCAUGAGAGCCGCCUUCAUGGAUGCGCCGUACCUUCUUGAACUUCUUGAAACUGCAGCUGGAGAAAAUUCGACUGCUUAUUUCCCCCUGCUCGACCGAAUCGCGAACAACCACUUUGGUUCAUUGACAACCGAUGCUGACUUGUACAACGCAUUCGUCGACGUGCUUCAGUUAGACGGCCAUAUAACCAAUCCCGAGGCUCUAUCCACGUUUAAAUUUGCUUUGGCCUUGCGGUCAGCUGCGCCUAGAAUUGAAGCCCAUUAUCAAUACUACUCUACAGCGGUUGAACCAGUCGUUCAGGACCUGAGUUGUCAAGAUUGGAUCUUGUUCGAAGGGAAGCAAUAUUGUACCCCAACCAUGGAUACUGUUGCUCAAGAGGGCCUAUUCAACUCCCAGGUCAAAGCUCUACCAUUUGAUCGCGCGCUAGGAAAUGGCAAGGAAGCAGUCUUGUUCACGGAUCCUACCUCUCCAACCUUUGCGGAAUUCCAUAACAUUCUUUCCAAGGCGGCUCGUGCAUCGGCAUUAACAUACCGCGUGCGCUACCGCCGCAGUAUGGCCAAUAACUCCCAACCUCUGCCUGUCAGCGGAUAUGGGGUCGAGCUGACAUUGAAAAGGACAGAUUAUAUCGUGAUCGAUGACCGGGAAACCGGGAGUGAUUCAGCGCAAGGGAAUUUGGGGUCUGAGAAAGUGUUUAGUGAUUUCGAGGAAGCUGCUGAACUUCGACCGCUGUCUACAACGGAACUGUCGACACUCGGCAUGAAGACGGCUUCGUUCAUCCGGGGGAGCAAUGACCCAUUUGACACCCUGCUUAAGCUUACCCAAGACUUUCCAAGGUUCGCCGCAUCUAUCGCCGCACAGAAUGUCUCCAAAGAGUUCGCCAAUGAGUAUGAGGAAAACCUGGGUCUGAUGAUGCAGGGCACCAAUGUCUUGUGGUUGAAUGGCGUUCAACUUAUCGAUCGACAAAUUGAACCAUUUUCUUUAAUAGAGUUGCUCCGUCGCGAGAGGAACCUCAUUAGUGGCAUUAAGGAGCUCGGCCUCGAUGGGAGUCAAGCUGUGACCCUUCUUGGGCAAGCCGUUUCCUCGGUCCAGGGAGGAGUUGAAGUACAGAGAUAUGAUUGGACUGACCGACCCGAGGAUGGAAGAGUCAUAUUAUGGCUCAACGAUCUCGAAAAUGAUGUCCGUUACAAGCAAUAUCCAAAAACUCUAAUCUCGCUUCUACAACGCACAUACCCGGGUCAGAUGCCGCCGAUUGGCCGAGAUGUUUUCAAUAUUGUUGUCCCCUCAGACUUCACAAAUGCCGAGGACUUGGCGUUCGUGUCCCAGAUCGUUCCCAUAGUGGAGCGAGGAAUACCAAUUCGAUUCGGUCUUGUGCCUCUAACACCAGCCCCUGGAGCUACCUCCCGCGCCAAAGUACUAUAUUAUUUGAACGAACUCUACGGUCCACAUGCUGUCAUAAAUUGCAUUGAACAGUGGCGUGGAAAAGACAGCACUGACGCAGACGCGACGGUCCUGCACAAUGUGGUGGCGGCUCAGGAGUCGCUUUCCAAGACCAAACCAUUAUCACUUGCGGAGCUUCUUAAGGCUGAAUCUUAUGCCGAACGGACAAAACUGGCCGCUCGUUGGGUAGAAAGAUUAGAUGCGGACACGCCAACCCGCCCUCUCUUUAUCAAUGGUAUAGUGACUCCUCGAGACGAAAACUGGAUGCAGUCGAUGAGUGUGAAGAUUGGCGAAGACCUCCAGGCUAUACAGAAAAGAAUCUUCGAAGGGGUUCUGGACGAAGAUACAUGGGUUGCAGGAGUGUUCCUUGAUGGAGCGACAGCCACGCGCAACAAGUACAUCGUACUGGAGAAUGACAAGGCACUGCGGAUGCUAGAUGUCGGCAAGAUAUACAAUGACCAUGCCGGCUUGUUCAGCCAGUUUGCAGCACUGCCACCGUCCUCGGAGUUGACCAUGGAGAAUUGGGCUGUGGUGACCGUUUUUUCCGACUUGGAGACCAGUGAUGGGCUAGAGCUGGCUUUGAUGGCUCUGGAGUUCAAGAGAAAUAAUCCUGGCAUACAUCUGGAACUUGCCCAUAACCCCCAAGAUCCUUCAACAGCCUCGCAGAUAAACGCCGCCCUGAGGUCGGCAACAGAGUUGCUGAUAAGCGCCGAGGAAGAAGCACUACGGGAAAUCGUUGCAGCAGGAAAAGGCCACGUUAGUCAGGAAGACCACUCUGCAGCGCUGUCGGCAUUCCUUGCCGUGUCUAAAAUUGGAUCGGGGACGAAAACGAUAUUGGUUAACGGCCGCAUUGUCGGACCAAUUGCAUCGGGUGCAUUAUUCACGGCAGAGAACUUCCAACAGUUGCUGGAAUUCGAACAACGUCAUCGAAUCAUGCCAGUCUACACGGCAAUUUCUAACAUGGGUUUAACCGACAAACUAUCUGAUGCUAUCUCAGCUGCCAAACUCACGUCUAUGACGGCUCUUUCUACAAUUUCUGACCUCCCCGACGGCAUUUUUGAUUCAGCAUCUGCUACCCGCUCUACCAUGUACAGUUCUUGGAGCUCCUUGCACUCUGGGAUCGAGUUGGGAAACUCAGAAACUGCAAACAUUCACCUUGUGUGCCUGCUGGAUCCUGUCAGCGAAAAGGGGCAAAGGUGGGGUCCUAUCAUUCGUGUCUUAUCGGAGCUAGAAGGUGUUUACGUCAAGAUCUUGUUGAACCCCCAAGGGCAUAUCACUGAGCUCCCUGUCAAGAGGUUCUUCAGAUAUGUCAUGGAGUCAAAGCCAUUUUUUGACGAGAGGGGCAAAGUUGCCGAACACAGAGCAACGUUUAAGGGGCUUCCGUUAGAGGCCUUGCUGACCACAGCCAUGGACGUCCCCCCGGCCUGGCUCGUGGCACCGAAAGUCUCCGUGCAUGACUUGGACAACAUAAAGCUGAGCUCCAUCGAGAACGACGUUGAGGCCACUUAUGAGCUCCAAAAUAUUCUCAUCGAAGGUCAUUCACGAGAAGGACAGGGGACUCCUCCUAGAGGUGCUCAGCUGGUGUUAGCUACAGAGAAAGACCCACUUCUAACUGACACAAUCGUCAUGUCGAACCUUGGCUUCUUCCAGUUCAAAGCUAACCCUGGGUUCUACAACAUCCAGCUUAAGGAAGGUAGAACGGUAGAUAUAUACACUAUUGAGAGCAUUGGUGCUCAGGGGUGGGGAGCAGUGCCUGGCGAUGAAGGAACCGAGCUGGCACUUAUGGACUUUCAAGGGAAAACUCUGUACCCACGACUUAAAAGGCGGCCGGGCAUGGAGCAUGAAGAUGUCCUCGAAAAAAACGAUAAUUCACCAGACAGCUUUGUUUCCAAAGGCCUCAAGUUUGCGGAGGGAUUGUUCGGAAACAGCAAGAGAAGCGCACUAUCUGGCCAGGAACACAGCGAGAUCAACAUUUUCUCUGUCGCAAGCGGACAUCUAUAUGAGCGGAUGCUCAAUAUAAUGAUGGUGUCCGUAAUGCGAAACACCAACCGCAGCGUGAAGUUCUGGUUCAUUGAACAGUUUCUGUCGCCGUCGUUCAAAGAACUGAUACCACAUCUGGCGAAAGAAUAUGGCUUCAAGUAUGAGAUGGUGACGUACAAGUGGCCCCAUUGGCUACGGCAGCAAAAGGAGAAGCAGCGAGAGAUUUGGGGAUACAAAAUCUUAUUUCUUGAUGUGCUCUUUCCCCUGUCUCUUGACAAGGUCAUCUUUGUCGACGCGGAUCAGAUUGUGCGGACGGACAUGAUGGACCUUGUUACUCUGGAUCUUGAGGGCGCACCGUAUGGUUUUACGCCUAUGUGCGACUCGCGGACGGAGAUGGAAGGCUUCCGUUUCUGGAAGCAAGGUUACUGGGCACGAUACCUACGCGGAAGACCCUACCAUAUCUCAGCCCUCUACGUCGUGGACUUGCAUCGCUUUCGCGAGCUGGCCGCGGGCGACAGAUUACGCCAGCAGUACCACGCGCUUUCUGCUGACCCGGGCAGUCUGUCAAAUCUGGAUCAGGACCUUCCGAACCACAUGCAGUUCCAGAUUCCCAUCCACAGCUUACCACAAGAGUGGUUAUGGUGCGAAACUUGGUGUAGCGAUGAGAGCCUUGAAAAUGCUCGCACCAUUGACCUCUGCAACAACCCGCAGACUAAGGAGCCCAAGCUUGACCGCGCGAAGCGUCAGGUACCGGAGUGGACCGUCUACGAUGAUGAGAUUGCAGCUCUAGAUAUGCGGAGACGAGAGCAGAAGAACAAAGGGAAGACUGAUCAUCUGACUGCAAGUAGCGCCACCCAACUUGAGGCUGACAUCAAGAGCCAAACUUCGGAAGAGGGGGAUGCCCGCGACGACGCACACAAUAUGGAUGAACUUUGA